AUGGCGGGUCACAAAUUCUCAGGUUACAUCUCAGGCCUUUGGCAGGCGCUGUUUGCUUCAUUCAUUCACCUGUUCAACCGCAUCUUUCACCUCGCCCCGAGCAGCAACACCACCUCGCCAGAGCAACCGCCAGCAUCGGGCGGAGAGCAAGCUGCAUCAGAGCCAUCGGCAACCAACCCCAGCUCCACGCCCGACACGUCUCGAGCGCAGCACCCUGCCGAUCUGGACCUCGAGAAGGGACUGCCAUCAUCAGAGGACGAAAGCAUGGCUGCGUCUAAGAAACGCGGAGGUCAGAGGCGCUCAGGCUUCAAGCCUCACGCCGCUCAACCUGCCGCGUCUACAUCCCAGCGACCUGACAAGGAGAACUUGGGCCCCGGAAAGCAGCCCAGCCAGACUGCCCUCACACCUUCAGAUCCUACCCACGACAAGGUCGCUCCCCUCGGCACAUCCGCCCAAGCCGGUAACAGUCAUGUCACGGUCAGUGGCAAACAGACGGACGGCCAGAGUCCCACUGGCACGAAACCGUCUGGAAAGAAUCGUGGCCGCGUAUCGCCUACCAAGCAGCUCGUCGAAGGCACCAAGGACGAUCUCGUUACUGCUGAUCGGGAGACUGCGAGCGCCGCCGUUUCUCAGACGCCACCCCUACCAGCUGUCGUACCAGCUGGGCAUCAACCUGCGGUUCGAGACACGGGUAGCCACAUCCAAGCCGGCGCACAAAAGCCCGACCCUGCCGUCAAGCCGGCAGCCAAGGAGGCUACUCGGCCGAUGAAUGGUCAAGCUGACGAGUCCAGUUCGAUCAGUCAAUUUGACCCUACCGACAAGGCGGUGCCCGUGAAGGAGCUCAACAAGGACACUGCCGCCGUGGAGGCGGCUGCCGUCCCUCUGGUUGUAGCCACUGGACUGCCCCAGCAGUCGUUUGCACUGAAGCCUCUUGCUCCUUUGGUGACGCCCCCUAGUCAGGUGUUGCCUGGCCUGAUCGAGCCAGAUACCGAAGAGGGCAAGAGGGAGCGAGAGAUCCAUCUCAAGUUCAUGAGAGAAGCUCUCAACAUGGGAGAGUCAGCCUUGGGAAUCAACGAGACCCCAGUUGGCUGUGUGUUAGUCUACAAGAAUCGAGUCAUUGCAAAAGGCAUGAACGCCACCAAUGUAACCCGCAAUGGUACCCGUCACGCCGAGUUCAUGGCCCUAUCAGCCUUGCUAUCUCACCAAUCAGACGCCGACGUCAAGGACGAAUCGUCAAUGGAUGAGUCUCUUUGGGGUGAUGUAGACCCCUCAGAUGGCCACAUCUUUCCCUAUGGACAGAAGCUUCACCCCUCGCCCAAAGUCGACCGCUCCAUCAUCUCGGAGUGUGUACUCUAUGUUACCGUGGAGCCAUGCGUCAUGUGCGCAUCGCUUCUUCGACAGCUUGGUAUCAAGAGAGUCUACUUUGGCGCUGUCAAUGACAAGUUUGGCGGCACGGGCGGCGUCUUCCGUAUUCAUGUCAACUCACGAGCAGUCCCGAAGCCAACCACGGACAGACCUUAUCAGAAUGGCUACGGCCCACAAGAUGCAGACCAGAUCUCAAAGGGACGAGUUACCCCCUCACUCCGUGACGAAGACGACGGUGAUGGAGGCAACGUUGAACCUGGCUAUCCUGCUGACGGUGGUUUCUUGCGCGACGAGGCCGUUUCGCUGCUGAGACGAUUCUAUGUCCAAGAGAAUGGCAGAGCUCCCCAACCACGCAAGAAGGAGGGAAGAGCUGCCCGCCUCUAUGCAAUGGAGAACGCAGCAAAUAGCGGGAAUCUGUCGGACACUGAUGGACCGGCUCUUCCAGAUACCCCAGUGGAUGCCGAAGCUCCCCCGGCCGGCAGCGGGAAGUUCAUUGAGCUGCCCAAAGAGGCCGCUCCCGUCUCCUGA